UCUGCCCAUUGACAACUGGGAUAGGCUCCAGCACUCCCGGCGAUCCUCGUGAGGAUAAGCGGCGAAGAAAAUGGAUGGAUGGAUGUUUGUCUUGUCGACUCGUUUUGUGUUUUUAUCUCCACUUGUUCUCGUCAGCCCCGUUCCUCGUGUCAACCAAUCAGCUAUCGUCCAGCCACUCUCCUCAACCCCAGGUGUACCUGAUUGGUUCGUGAUUGUUUGCAUUGAGUUGCCUGAUUUCAUUCAGUCUGGAGGUUCUUUCAUCACAAGUCAUGUUUGCUCUCGCCCAAAAUUAAUUAUUAAAUCUAUUUUUUUUUUUUUUUUUGGGAGACUUUGUUGAUUUACUGGUGGGAUUUUUUUUUUUUGCACGAUUCUUCACGAUUCUUGUCUUCUUUUUUUAAUUAUAUAUUUUUUGAAGAUUGAACCUGGUUCCCUACCAAAACGAUUUUUUUCUCUUUUUUUUCUUUUAUUUUCUUUAUUUUUUUACAAUUUUGUCAAGAUGACUAAGAGAGGAAAAAGACCGUGAGGAUGCUCGAUAAGAAAUUCCCCUUUUUAACAAUAUUUAUGAAACACGGCGACAACUAAAACUUGCACAAGUGCAUGUUUGUGUACUUCGAGCAUGCAUUAUUACAAAAACAAAAAGUCAUGGUUGGGAAAGGCUGAAGACUGCCAAGUCGCUGUUUUUUUUUUAAAAUUUAUUACUUCAUUAAUUAUUUUCCCUAACGACUAGUAGAGGGGCUUCUCCCCCCCCAGCAUUUCAAAUCAAUGGCGAGUGGUGGAUCCAGAAAGGGUUAAAGAGGCGCAGCUAAAGCCGGCGGAGCUGAAGUCAUCCAGCAAAAAGCGCACAGCGAAAGAAGAGCAGCACGAGGAGGAAGAGGAGAACUCGAGCUACCAAAAGAAGCACUUCCAAAAAACACUCAUCAAGGUGGAUCUAUCUUUUUUUUUUUUUCUUUUUUUUUUUAAAGGUUAUUCUCUAUUUUGGAGAAGUGGGAUGAGAGGGGAAACAAAGGCAGCGGGCGUCCGCGACGCUCGCAGCGAAGCUCCCCCAGUACGCUUCGCAGGAGCCGGCUGUCGUGCGCCAUGAGAGGAGAAGUGUGGCUCAGCUCCAUUCAGAGGAGGAAAUAUCACCUGACGAGCGCCCUCCUCCCUCCCCAUCACUGCCAACACCCCCAAAGGGGGGGACAGAAGCAGACGCCGUCACUCCCCGCGUCUGGCAAACCGGAGACGGUGAAACCUUCGCAUCAGCUGCGCCUAUUUUUGUUUUUGUUUUUUCUUUAAGGAAGGACAGAACUUUCUCAUUUACUUGGGGAGGGGGUAAAAAAAAAAAAAAAAAAUCGGAGGAACUCGCAUCCUCGACCGGGUUGGGGCGAGUUGCCUGAGUCUCCUUGUGAGCGCUUCAGUUUUUCAAGCGGCAACAAAAGUCCCGAUUAAGUCCUGGGGCCACCGCAUCGAAGAUGCCGGUCCGGAGAGGUCAUGUGGCUCCCCAGAACACCUUCCUGGACACCAUCAUCAGGAAAUUCGACAGUCAAAGUCGCAAGUUCGUUAUAGCCAACGCAAGAGUGGAGAACUGCGCCAUUAUCUUCUGCAACGAUGGCUUCUGUCACAUGUGUGGUUACUCGCGAGCUGAGAUCAUGCAGAAGCCGUGCACGUGUAACUUUCUUUAUGGACCCGACACCAAACGUCUGGCCAUCGCUCAGAUGGCGCAAGCCCUGCUCGGGUCGGAAGAGAGGAAAGUGGAGAUCAACCUUUACCGCAAAGAUGGCCAGUGCUUCCUGUGUAUGGUGGACGUGGUGCCUGUGAAGAACGAAGAUGGCAUGGUGAUCAUGUUCAUCCUCAACUUCGAGGUCAUGACUGAGGAGUCGCUGCAAGACGGCAAACAGGAGCUCAACCACCGCCUUCCCACCUGGCUCGUCACUGGUCGUCCAAGAGGUUUCAAGUUGCGCCUUCCCCUGCUGCGCUCCCUCUCCAACAGUAAAGUCUCUCUGAACGACGCCGAAUCCGGUCUGAUUCCGAUUGCGACCCCUCUGCCGCCGCACCCGGUCAGCCACUGUCACGAGUCCCUCGGCUUUGGGGAGUUCCUGCCCCUUCCCCCAUUACCGUCAGAUCACACAGAGAAAAUCAGUGAGAGCAGGUCACCGCUACAAGAUUGGACAGAAGACCACAGGGAAGACCACCACACUUUACUGGACUCAGUGUCUCCUGUUCCCCCUCAUCCACCUCACCACCUAACCCACCUGGUGGGACCCCUGACCCAGUCGUCCCCUUGCGUAGCACCCCACCAUCGCCUCAGCCUUAACCAGGACGCCUGCGGCUCUAACUGUUCGCUAUCGCGCAGCCGCUCGCGGGAGAGCUUCCACAGCAUGAGGCGUGCGUCCUCUGUCGACGAGAUUGAGGCCAUGAGGCCGGACUGGGACCGGAAAAACCGGAGAGCGAGUGUCCGACUGGGAAGCACUGGGGCAGUGAACAGUAAGUCCAACAUACUGAACUCCACGUCAGACUCUGACCUCAUGCGGUACCGUACCAUCUCCAAAAUUCCUCAGAUCACCCUGAACUUUGUGGAUUUCAAACCCGACCCGCUCAUCGCCCUGCCCACAGGGGAGAUGGACAUCAUUGCGCCUUGUAAACUCAUCGACCGUACGCACAAUGUGACGGAGAAAGUCACGCAGGUACUCUCUCUGGGUGCAGAUGUGUUGCCAGAAUACAAGCUCCAGGCUCCACGCAUUCACAGCUGGACAGUGUUGCACUACAGUCCUUUCAAGGCAGUGUGGGAUUGGCUCAUCCUGCUACUGGUCAUCUACACUGCCAUCCUGACACCUUACUCUGCUGCUUUCCUCUUGAAUGAGCAGGAAGAAGCAGCUAUGCAGAACUGUGGUUACUCCUGCUCUCCUCUUAAUGUGGUGGACCUCAUAGUGGACAUCAUGUUUAUUAUUGAUAUCCUCAUCAACUUCAGGACAACAUACGUGAAUUCUAACGAUGAGGUGGUGAGCCAUCCGCUACGCAUCGCCGUGCACUACUUUAAGGGUUGGUUCCUCAUUGAUAUGGUGGCCGCCAUUCCUUUCGACCUUCUAAUUUAUCGCAGUGGGGAGGAGACCACCACUCUGAUUGGCCUGCUGAAAACCGCUCGGCUCCUCCGAUUGGUCCGCGUAGCACGAAAAUUGGACCGCUACUCCGAAUAUGGUGCCGCUGUCCUUUUUCUCCUCAUGUGCACCUUUGCCCUCAUCGCACACUGGCUCGCCUGCAUCUGGUAUGCCAUCGGUAAUGUUGAGCGGAACGGCUCAAUUGGGUGGCUCCAUACACUCGGGGACCAACUGGGAAAACAGUUCAAUGACUCCAUCCCAGGAACAGGACCCUCCAUUAAAGACAAGUACGUCACAGCUCUGUACUUCACCUUCAGCAGUCUGACCAGUGUGGGUUUCGGAAAUGUCUCCCCGAACACCAACUCAGAGAAGAUAUUCUCCAUCUGUGUCAUGCUUAUAGGAUCCUUGAUGUACGCCAGCAUCUUCGGGAACGUCUCUGCCAUCAUCCAGCGAUUGUACUCUGGGACGGCUCGUUACCACACUCAGAUGCUUCGAGUCAGGGAGUUCAUCCGCUUCCACCAGAUCCCCAACCCGCUCAGACAGAGACUGGAGGAAUAUUUCCAACACGCCUGGUCGUACACUAAUGGCAUCGACAUGAAUGCUGUGUUAAAAGGUUUCCCAGAGUGUCUCCAGGCGGACAUCUGUCUGCAUCUCAACCGGACUUUGCUGCAGAACUGCAAGGCUUUUAAAGGCUCCACCAAGGGCUGCCUCAGGGCACUGGCCAUGAAGUUUAAGACCACCCACGCACCCCCGGGUGACACGCUCGUCCACGCCGGGGACGUCCUCACCGCAAUCUACUUUAUAUCCAGAGGAUCCAUAGAGAUACUUAGAGGAGACGUUGUGGUUGCCAUAUUAGGAAAGAACGACAUCUUUGGUGAACCUAUCAACCUGUAUGCUCGACCGGGUAAAUCCAACGCAGAUGUGAGGGCUCUAACGUACUGCGACCUUCACAAAAUAUUCAGGGAAGAUGUGCUAGAAGUGCUGGACAUGUAUCCUGAAUUUGCAGAACACUUCUGGAACAACCUGGAAAUUACCUUCAACCUCCGUGAUACCAACAUGAUCCCAGGCUCUCCCAGCAGUGAUGAAUCAAAAUGUGGGGGGUUCAACAAAUUACGCAGACGGAAACUGUCAUUCAGGCGACGCACAGAGAAGGAUGAUGCAGAUGUUGGUGAAAUUAAAAAGACCCACAAGUCUGUAAAUAGAAGACGAGAGAGAGAAGCAGCCCACAACCAAAAACGUCAAGAGGCAGCAAAGAGGCAGUAUCAGACCUCAGUGUCUUCCCAUUCCAGUGGUGAUGAGGGAGAGGAUUCAGUUGUAACCAGCCUUGCACCUUCAUCUGCAAUCUUGGAGAAUCAUCAUGUUCAGGCAACACACAAAAGCACUGACAGCACAGAUGUAGAUGGAGAAGUCAAAACUGGCAACACCUGCAAUGCAUUGUCAGGUGCCCUCUCAGGUGUGUCCAAUAUCUUCAGUUUCUGGGGGGAGAAUCGGGGGGGUGGUCAGUACCAGGAGGUUCCCAGCUGCAGCCUAGCUUCUCCCCCACCCCUCAGUACACCUUUGCACAGCUUGAGCCGCCAACAGCGCAACCAGCUGGACACACGCCUAGACCUGUUGCAAAAACAGCUUAACAGAUUGGAGAGUCGCAUGUCAGCAGAUAUUGGAACGAUCAUGCAGCUGCUGCAGAGACAGAUGGCUCUUGUCCCCCCUGCCUAUAGUGCUGUAUCAUCACCGCCUCAGGCCUCCCCAUGCGCUGAGCCAGGAACUGGAGAAAAUCUGGUUCCACCUGUUACACAUCUGGAGACAAACUCCCUGGCCUCCUUAUCACAGAUCUUGGACUCUCAGGACUUCAAGGAGUUCCCAGCGACAUCUCCAGAAUCUCGAGAAUUGCAGGACUCACCUUUGAUCAAUACCAGCCAGAACCAGCUCCCCUCCUCUGGACUUGACAUUUUAGGACAGCAUUUGGAGCUUGAAAUUGGAUUGGAAACUGGAAGUGCGACUAUUUUACAGCCAGCGGCUGAUGCAGGCAGUGGCGCAGGAUCAGGUUCACAAUCUGAGAUGGGAACAAGCCCAAGAAGAACAGAGUUGGACUUUGGUUCGGAGUUGUGUAUUGAUGUUGGGGUUGAGCAAACAGCUGAAGCAGGGCUGUAUUCCCAGGAUUCUGAAACCCAAAGGAGGUUGUCUCUCCAAGAGUCUCAUACACCCCAGGACUCACGGACACCACAGAGACAUGGCUCUGAUCCAGGGGGGAGCUAAAGAAGAAGCAACGGGCGCAGAAAACGGGAAGGUUCUAUGUUGAGAGAGAAUGAGCAAGAUGUUGGAUCCUACUUGCCCAAUUUAAACCAUUGGAACCAAAAUCCUCUUGGGACCUUCAAUGCAAGGAUGCGCCAUCCAGUAACGGCUGUUUCAGCCCAGAGGGUAAAAGUAAUGUGGAUGCCUCUCUCUUCCAAGGUUCUUCCCUUUGUGCAUGAACACUCAGAGCUCUUCAACCAUACCACUUUGAAUCAAAAACCCCCAAAAGACCAGAGAAGGGGCUCUUGACAGUCAACCCAAAUGAAGCUUAAGGGUAACAUUACUUCACUCUCGAAUGACUGCAAACCUUUAGGAGUAUGUUUACCUUAGGAGUAGCCCUUUACUGCUGAAUCCAGUCUUGGAUGACUUAUCAAGGACAAGCAAAGACAAAAUAACAGCAGACUGAAUAAUAAUGAAACAAGUAGCCAUCACGUCUUGCACUGAAAUCUAUUCCAUGUGUCAGAGGCGCUUCCAAAAACUCACAAACCGGUUGGUAAAAAAAAUAAAAAAAUGUAGUGUUAGCUGGCCUAACAAGAAACCUGCUCUCCCAUUGUGUCAACGGUUCCUUGCCCCCAAUGUCCUGCGCCAACAGGUGGAGAAAAUGCUCCCCCCUAAAUCCUAAGAGCACACUUGACUGGCUGGCUGGCUGGUUUGCACCUCAGGGGUGGGAACUGGAGGGUUAAAAAGCCAUGAAUUUUCUUGAUGAACAUAUCAGCUGCCCUACCAGAACCAACGUCGACAUGCGCUCGUGGGCGACGAACCCUCAGCAUCCCUAGACCGUGUCGCAGUCAUGUAAUAAUUGGCAAAACAAAACAUGUCAACAAAACAUGAAAUCCCAGUUUUCGAACUCGGAAAACUUUGAGCUGUUGCAGAAGAGUUGACGUCCGCGGUGGGUUUUCGUUGAUCAUUGUUGAAUUUGCUACCUCAGAUUUCACUGGUCCAUUGUUUUUUCACCUAAGCACCCAGAAUGCUUAUAAAUUGUACAUAGCAGUCAUGAGCUACUGAAAUAUACACCUUAGAUGGUUUAUGACCAGACGAAUGCGCCAUUAUUUUAUGUACAGUACAAUAUGCAAACACAGGCAAGAAAUGAGUGAGUGUGCUUUAUUACUUGUGUGCGCGCUAACUUUAGGUCCAUACCUAUGUGUGUGUGUCUUCAUUUUUGUUUUCAGUGUGCAGAGUAUAGCUCAGUAUGUCAUUUCCACCCACUGUAAAUGGACACUGGUCUCUGUUUUUUUAAGGCAAAUUUGUUUUAAUUAGUGAAUCAUUACAAGCAAGAUGGUUUUUGUUUGUUUGUUUUUUGGAUCCAAGCAGCACAUGUAAAAAAAAAACAAAAAUCCCUUUAAUAUGAAGGUACUUAAUAGUUACAAGCUAGGUCAAAUGAGUCUGCCCAAGACUUUAAUCCUUCAACCUGAUGGUUCAGAUUUUAUGGUAUGUUAUUCCUGACAUUAACAUCUUUUUCCUACCUAAAACCUGACAACACAGAUCCUCUGAUUUACGACGAUGCUAGGAGACACAGGGUGACCGUAGCGCCACUUCUUUAAUGAAGUCAAAGAAGAAAUGUAUGUAAAAAUGUGCUUGCAUGCAGUGUGAUUCAUGUUCAUAGUUGCAAAGAGCAAAAUACACAGGGUGUCCUCUAAUUCACUAUACACUUUUUUUUUUUUUUUUUGUAUAUAAUUCUGUUUAAAAUACCAUCUGGACAGACGACAAUGUUAAUUGUCAAGCAAUGGACAAGGGAAUGAAAUGCUUAAAAAAUAUGCAACGCCGACACUCCCGAAUAUCGAUAGUCUCAGAUCUGUGAAUGAUACCUAAAAUGAAAGGUGGUGGGGAAAAAAAAGGAAGUGUAUAGUCGUAUUAGUAACUUUUUGGACUCUCUAUGUUGACUCAACAUUUAUUUAAUUCCAAUUAUUACACUGCACCGCCUUAGAUUGUGGGAGUUUAUAGCUUUACAAUUACAAAAGUAUACCACAUUAUUUAUAUUCACAGUGGAGGUUAUAUAGUUUUCCCUAAGACGCAUACCGAACUCAAAAAAGAAAUGGGCUCCUCUGUAUUAGUUUGGAAACAUCAGGGCAUACUCAGACUGGUUCAUUUAGAUAUUCACGAGUAGUAGAGUUAAAGAUUAAAAAAAAAAAGCACUUCUUCUUUUCCUUUCGGCUUGUCCCGUUAGGGGUCGCCACAGCGUGUCAUCUUUUGCCAUCUUAGCCUAUCUCCUGCAUCUUCCUCUCUAACCCCAACUGCCCUCAUGUCUUCCCUCACCACAUCCAUAAACCUUCUCUUUGGUCUUCCUCUCGCUCUUUUGCCUGGGAGCUCCAUCCUCAGCAUCCUUCUACCAAUAUACUCACUCUCUCGCCUCUGAACAUGUCCAAACCAUCGAAGUCUGCUCUCUCGAAUCUUGUCUCCAAAACAUCCAGCUUUGGCUGUCCCUCGAAUGAGCUCAUUUCUAAUCCUAUCCAACCUGCUCACUCCGAGCGAGAACCUCAACAUCUUCAUUUCUGCCACCUCCAGUUCAGCUUCCUGUUGUUUCUUUAGUGCCACCGUCUCUAAUCCGUACAUCAUGGCCGGCCUCACCACUGUUUUAUAAACUUUGCCCUUCAUCCUAGCAGACACUCUUCUGUCACAUAACACACCAGACACCUUUCGCCAGCUGUUCCAACCUGCUUGGACCCGUUUCUUCACUUCCUGACCACACUCUCCAUUGCUCUGUAUUGUUGACCCCAAGUAUUUGA